GUCAUUCACAACAAGCUGCCCAGGAAGGCUCUCACCAGCGUCUUCCAGACAUUGUCAGACAUGGAUCCUUCGCUCAAAUACAUCACUGACAUGACCACAAAGCUCAACGCCUUCGACAGUCGCCACCUGGAUGAGGUCUACUUUGACGUCCGCCUGACAGCUUUCCAAGACGCCACCAGGCGGAUAAGAGAGAUGAAAUCCCUUGACCUUGACUACAUCGGCACCGUCAUCCAAAACUGCUUCCACACAUACGAGAUCGGAGACAUGUCGCUGGGCGACAACGCCACCUUGUGCCUGUCCGCAAUAAUCGUCCAGCUGGCGGCGGUCGGCGCAGGGGAGAAGGUUUACCGGGACGUCAUCCAACACACCAUCUUGGACGCCAUACACAAGGGACUCCGGAGCAAGACGGAG